CCCUGCAAAAAUGUUCAAGCUCACAACCGCCAUCGCUGUCGGCAUCGUUGCCGCAGCUCUCCCUUCCACCGUUCGAGGUUUCACGCUCAAGUGAGUUGAGCAAGUAAAAUGUCUGGAAUCGAGAUCUUUACUAACACUGGCAUCGAUACCUUUACUAACACCACUUUGCGCUCCCAUCCCAGCUUCCACAACAACUGCCCUUACGACGUUUGGCCCGCAGGCGGCAGAGCUCCAUACGGUCAGCCAGACAACAGUGUUCGCUACGGAUACCACCUGACUCCCGGAACGUCAAACGCUUGGAACAUUGAUGACCACCAAACCGGAAUUCGAGCGUGGGGACGUACUGGCUGCGAUGCCAACGGUGCCAACUGCCAGACCGGCGCUUGCAAUGGGGACACGCUCUGCAACGAUGCAGGUAUCACCUCUGGCGUCAUCCUCUCCGAGUACGGAUACGGCAGCGGCGAUCUGAUCUACUGGAACCUGUCGCGCGCGGGCGAGACGGACGCCGACCCGCCCCUCAAUGUCAAUAUUCCUCUGCGAGUCUCUGGUGGAGGCACAACGCUGGACUGCAACAGCAACAGCGACUGCGCUGCCGCUUUCCAGAACCCAGAUGACAACCAGGGCAAGAUUCACACCGCUCCCCUCGGCACCACCUACGACGUCACCUUCUGCCCCUAGAAAGCGCGUGUGGUCGCCUCGCGUCGCUUGCCGUGCGCAAAGGUGAUGCUAUGGUGCAGCCUGUGCCUUG